AUGUCCGACAUCCCGACCCAGCUCUCCCUACCCCCCACACUCCCUUAUCCAAUCACUGUCACCCGACUGCUCGUCUCGCCCGGCAGCUCCGUCAAGAGGGGCAGUCCUCUCCUAGAAUACUCUUUCAUGUCCAAAGAGCAGCGCGAGGCUAUAUCGAAGAGGGAGAAAGAAGGUCGAAGAGCAGAUAUAUCCAAAGGCGAGAUCGAAGGCGAUGAUGGCUCGGGGACAUGGGACUGUCUGGUUGAUGGUGAUGUAGCAGGAUGGGAGGGCUGGGUCAAAGUGGGAGUGAAGAUUGAAAGAAGACAAUCAAGUCAAGCACUCCUGAAUGUCCAUCAGCCGUGCUCGCAUCCUGUUCAAUUACAUGGAAUGUGUGGGGUAUGCGGUGCAGAUCUAACAGAGGACGACUAUCUCUCUAUACCUGCUCAAGCAGGUAGUUCGAGUCAAGCUGGACCUUCAAGAGGGUUCGAAGUAACCCACGACUCGAUGGGUGUGACAGUAUCUAAGAACGAAGCACACCGACUAGAUAACCUAACUCGAGAUGCGCUUUUAUCCUCACGUAAACUAUCAUUAAUUGUUGACUUAGAUCAAACUAUCAUCCAUACCACUGUCGAUCCAACAGUAGCAGAAUGGAUGGACGAGAUCGAUCAGUAUAAUCGCGAAACGGAAUCUGCUGCACUACCACAGGAUCCCCAGGAUCAACGUUCGACCACUCCUCCAGCCUUACCUCCUGAUACAAGUAAUACAAUCAGUACUACCCCACCUACAUCUCCUCAUAAUGCCAAUGCAACCUUGCCUCAACUCACACCUUCUCCACCUAGAGAACGGAAUCCCAAUACCGAAGCUCUGAAGGACGUAGCUAGAUUCCAAAUCGCCGAUGACCUCCCUCCGGGAUAUGUGAAACCCAAAAAUAGAUCAGGUAGAGAACAGAUUGUACAGAUGCAAGGUAGAUGGUAUUUCACUAAACCUAGACCCGGAUUGCAGAAAUUUCUGGACGAGAUGUCAGAAUUAUACGAGAUGCAUGUAUACACGAUGGGAACAAGGUCGUAUGCAGAUGCGAUUUGCAAUGUCAUUGAUCCGGAUGGGAAAAUUUUCGCAGGGAGGAUUUUAAGUAGGGAUGAGAGUGGAAGUUUCAGCUCAAAAAACCUGAAACGACUGUUUCCUACCGACACGUCCAUGGUGGUAGUCAUAGAUGAUAGGUCAGACGUUUGGGCGGAUUGUCCCAAUCUGGUGAAGGUGGUUCCGUACGACUUCUUCCUCGGGAUCGGAGACAUAAACUCUUCAUUUCUGCCCAAAAACAAAUCUACCCCACCGCCCUCAUCCACAGCCACUUCUCCGACAGCCGCUUCAUCGCCCGCUUCCUCCUCUGACUUGUCGACUCCACCACCAGCUACCCCUGAAGACGUGCCGUCGGUCGAAGAUGGCUUGUUGCUGAAAGCUAAGCUACUGGAUGAUUUGAGCGAGAGUAGACCAUUGGCUAAGAUGCAGGAGAAAUUGGAGCAUGAUAUGCAACCAGAUGGAGAAGUAGAUAUUGCAGACAUCCUUCCAAUCGGUGUCAAGUCAGACACCGACGAAGUUGAGCGUUUGUCAACUGAGCGGACGGCUCCUAAUGGUAAAGUGGAACAGCAGGAAGACGCGAGCGAACCUACACCGAGCCCUACAACAUCAUCAACACCACCUCGACCUAGGAAACCACUUUUGAAUCCAAAUGAUUACGAGCUGCUUAGAGUAUCCGAUAUCCUCACUGAGAUUCAUCAUCGAUUUUACCGGGCAUUCGAUUCUCUUGAUUCGUGGGAUCCGAGCACAUCGCUACCUAUGAGUUGCGAUGUCGAGUUCAUCAUUCCCGAGUUGAAAUCGAAAGUGUUGGAGGGGUGCAACCUAGUAUUCAGCGGCUUGAUACCUCAAGCUGUCAAUCCUGAGACAACCGAGAUAUGGCAAACUGCCGAAACGUUUGGUGCCCUCUGUUCACUGUCUGUUCACCCACGUAUAACCCACUGUGUGACUGCUACCCUCAAUACCGAGAAGACUUAUCGAUCAAGUAGAUUACCUGACGUUAAGAUAGUUUGGGCGAAUUGGUUCUGGGAUAGUAUAGCCUUGUGGAAUAGGCAGGACGAGAACAAGUAUCUCGCGCAGAAGGAGAAGCAAAGGCAGGAUCCCAUUACACCAGUUUCAGCUGAAGUAGUUGAGAAUACGAAUCGAAAUGGGAGUAAUGGGGAAUCAUCCUUGGUCCAAAGCGUGGAUGGUAUAGACCCAAAAGAGAAAAAGAAUGGUGAUUAUGAUGGAUUAGAUGGUCCGAGAGAGGAAGAAGAAGAACAUGAAGAUAUGGACGAUGAUGCUCAAGUGGGGAAAGGGUGGGACGAAGGUGCAGAUGCGGAGUGGGACGCAUUCAUGGCUGAAGACGAUGAUGAUGAAGGGUAUGGCACGGAUAAUGGGAGUGUUAGAUCUGUUAAUACUGCCCCCUCAACACCUAGCAAGAAGAGAGUGAGAUAUGCGGAUGAAGAGAGUUUGCCUUUGGAAGAUUUCAAGGAUCCAUCGCCUACUGACCCAGAUGAUCAACCUGCCAAAAGACGUAAACCAUUGUUACUUGAAGCUGCCACUGAAAAUGAUCAGAUACCCGCUGAGAAUCGAUUCCAGUAUAAAGACAAGGCGAAGGAUAAAGGAAAAGGAACAGGAAAGCCAGAUGAUAGUCAUGUAUCAGUCGUGUCUCAAGGAGAAGAAGAAGACAAAGAUGUGGAUGAGCAGAGUGUAGCUGGGACUGAAGGUACGGAAGGUACAGAACAAGAUGAGUUCGCUAUGAUGUUGAUGGAUAGUCUGGCUAAUGGUGAUGAAGACGGGAGAGGAGAAGAAGAGUAA